AUGGGUGGAGAAAGCAAUGAUCCAAAUCAAACUAAGAGCACAACCAAUGCUUGUAAGGAAACAAGAUGCAAGUGGAGUCCAAUCGAAGAUGUUGUUCUUAUUAGUGCAUGGUUAAACACGAGUAAUGAUCCGUUUGUUGGUAAUGAACAAAAAGCUUCUGCUUUUUGGAAAAGAAUUGGUGCAUAUUAUUCAUCAAGUCCUCCAAUAUCAAGUCUACCAAAACGAGAAUCCAGUAAUUACAAGCAAAGGUGGCAGAAAAUAAGUGAUAGUGUCAGCAAGUUUGUUGGAUGCUAUAAUCAAGCUGUGAGUCAAAGAACUAGUGGUCAGUCUGAAGAUGAUGUUGUCCAAGUUGCAUACCAAUUCUACUUCAACGAUUACAACACUAAAUUUGUGCUGGAACAUGCAUGGAGGGAGCACCGUCAUAACCAAAAAUGGUGUAGUUCUUACAGCUCUCAAAAUUCUAAGAGUGGUGGAAGUUCAAAAAGAACAAAAUUGGAUAAAGCUGGCACAUUUUCUUCCAGCUCUAACACGGAAAGUAACAUAGACAAAGAAUUUAUGGCUCAUCCCCUUGGUGUGAAGUCAUCAAAGCGCAAAGAAAAGAAGGUUUUUACUAAAACAACACAAGAAGAAAGGAAGUCCAACUCUCAAUCAAGGCUCGAGAACUUGUGGGCUCUGAAGGAGAAAUACAUAGCUGAGAUAAAGAAACUAACAAAGAUGGAACUCCUUAAAAGUCUUCUAGGAGAAACAGAACAACUUUCAGAGAAAGAAGAAACUUUGAAGAACAAAAUCAUUGAUGAGAUGUUGUAA